CGGGGGCUUCCAGUCAGCAUUUUUAAGGGGUCUCAAAAGUCCUGCAGUCUCAUUCCAGUUCAGCUCAGACCCUGGCUUCGAGGCACCACUGGGAGCUUCAAGAAAGAAAAAAAAUCAAGAUGCCAGAGCCUGCAAAGAAAACAGCUUCUGCUUUCACCAAGAAGCCAAAGACAACAGAGGUAGUGGAAGGAGACACAGCUGUGUUUGAAGCAGAGACUGAAAAGACUGGUAUCAAGGUGAAGUGGCAGCGAGCUGGAGCAGAAAUGUUUGAAAGCGAGAAGUAUAUCAUCAAGGCUGAAGGGAACAAACAUUCACUGACUAUCAAUAACACUGGCAGAGAGGAUGAUGCGCCAUAUGCUGUAAUUGCAGGGAGUUCCAAGGUCAAAUUUGACCUCAAGGUCAAAGAGCCAGAAAAGUCUGAGGCAGUUCUUCAUACUGAAGCUGUUUCUACCCCAAUUGUCUCAGACUCACCUACACCAGCAGAGACACAACCAGCAGAAUGCACCAGAAGUUCCGAAGUUCCAGCUCCUGAGGCUAAGCCAGAGCUGCCUCUGGACCCUGUUGGUCUCUUUGUGACACGGCCUCAGGAUGGAGAAGUGACUGUUGGUGGAAACAUCACAUUCACUUGCAAAGUAGCAGGUGCCAGCAUGCUGAAGAAACCAUCAGUGAAAUGGUUCAAGGGAAAGUGGAUGGAUCUGGGAAGCAAAGUGGGGAAACAUCUCCAGCUGCAUGACAGCUAUGACCGAAACAACAAGGUUUACAUCUAUGAAAUGCACAUUAUCCAAGCAAAAAUGACUUAUGCAGGGGGGUAUAGAUGUGAGGUGUCUACCAAGGACAAGUUUGAUAGCUGUAACUUCAGCCUGAUUGUCAAUGAAGCACCAGGAACAGGAGAAAUGGAUAUCCGCACUGUCUUCCGACGAAUGAGCCUGGUGGGAGGAGGAAGACGGAUGCCUGCAGCCUGUCUCAGUGCAGAGGGAAAUGAAGAAGGUGGAGAGCUGGAUUUUAGUGCCUUAUUGAAAAAGAGAGACAGCUUCUUGCGCUCAGUAAAUCGCAAAAGUGAGCCAAAAACUGAAUUACAACCUGAUGUUGAUGUCUGGGACAUCCUCCGGAGAGCUCCUCCUUCUGAGUAUGAGAAAAUUGCUUUCCAGUAUGGCAUAACAGACCUACGGGGAAUGCUGAAACGCCUCAAACGCAUAAAAAAGGAGGAGAAGAAAAGUACAGCAUUCCUCCAGAAACUGGAUCCUGCUUACCAAGUGGACAAAGGACAGAAGAUCAAGCUAAUGGUUGAACUUGCCAACCCAGAUGCCGAAGUGAAAUGGCUGAAGAAUGGACAGGAGAUCCAAGUGAGCGGCAGCAAAUAUAUUUUUGAGGCUGUUGGGAAUAAGAGGAUCCUGACUAUCAAUCACUGCUCCCUAUCUGAUGAUGCAGCAUAUCAAUGUGUGGUUCAUGAGGAGAAAAGCUUCACAGAACUAUUUGUAAAAGAGCCUCCAAUCCUGAUCAGCCACCCAUUAGAGGACCAGGUGGUGAUGGCUGGAGAGAGAGUGGAGUUCGAGUGUGAAGUGUCUGAGGAAGGGGCUGCUGUGAAAUGGGAAAAGGAUGGAAAUGAGCUGAAACGGGAAGAGACAUUCAAGUACCGGUUCAAGAAGGAUGGGAAAAAGCAUUACCUGAUCAUUAAUGAGUCAACCAAGGAGGACAGCGGACACUACACCGUGAAGACCAAUGGUGGGGAGUCAGUUGCUGAACUGAUCAUACAAGAGAAAAAGCUGGAAGUGUACCAGAGUAUUGCAGACCUGACAGUGAGGGCACGGGACCAGGCAGUCUUCAAGUGCGAAGUCUCCGAUGAGAAUGUGAAAGGAAUCUGGUUGAAAAAUGGGAAGGAGGUGAUCCCAGAUGAGAGGAUAAAGAUCUCUCAUAUUGGCAGAAUCCAUAAGCUAACUAUUGACGAUGUAACCCCAGAAGACGAGGCUGACUAUUCUUUUGUCCCUGAAGGAUUUGCUUACAACCUUUCUGCCAAACUCAGAUUUUUGGAGAUCAAGAUUGAUUUUGUGCCAAGACAAGAACCCCCCAAAAUCCAUCUGGACUGCAUGGGUCAAGCAGCCCCUGACACUAUUGUUGUGGUGGCUGGGAACAAACUUAGAUUGGACGUUCCCAUAUCAGGAGAUCCAAUACCCACGGUCAUCUGGCAGAAAGUAAACAAGAACAGCUGCAAUGUGCUAAGCAAUGCUGAUUCCAUGGAUUCCCCAGACUACAGCAGUGAUUUAAGUAAUGAGAGUAAGCUUCUCUCUGAAUCUGAAGGUAGAGUUCGUGUAGAAAUGCAUGAAGACCACUGUAUCUUCAUCAUUGAAGGAGCAGAGAAGCCAGAUGAGGGGGUUUAUAGAGUUACAGUAAAGAACCCAGCAGGAGAAGAUAAGGCUGAUAUCACAGUAAAGGUUAUUGAUGUUCCUGAUCCUCCAGAAGCUCCCAAGAUCAUCAAUGUAGGAGAGGAUUACUGCACAGUGCAGUGGCAACCCCCUAAAUAUGAUGGAGGCCAACCAAUACUGGGAUACAUCUUAGAAAGGAAAAAGAAGAAGAGCUACCGGUGGAUGCGGCUGAACUUUGACCUUUUGAAGGAGCUGUCAUAUGAAGCCAAGCGAAUGAUUGAAGGUGUUGUUUAUGAGAUGCGGCUUUAUGCUGUGAAUUCCAUUGGCAUGUCCCGGCCUAGCCCUGCCUCACAGCCCUUCAUGCCAAUUGCUCCCCCAAGUGAACCAACCCACUUUACAGUGGAAGACAUCUCUGGCAGCACUGUUACCCUGAAGUGGAGACCCCCUGAGCGGAUUGGAGCAGGGGGACUAGAUGGCUACAAUGUGGAGUACUGCAAAGAAGGAUCUACAGAGUGGGUUCCAGCUCUUCAGGGCCUAACUGAGCGAACAUCUGCACUCAUUAAAGAUCUGGUCACCGGGGACAAACUCUACUUCCGUGUCAGGGCUAUAAACCUGGCUGGUGAGAGCAAACCAGCUCUAACCAAAGAGCCUGUCACCAUCCAAGAAAUCCUGCAACGUCCCAAAUUCUGGCUGCCUCGCUAUCUACGGCAGACUCUGGUGAAGAAAGUAGGAGAGACAAUCAAUAUUGUGAUUCCCUUCCAGGGUAAACCUAGACCCAAAGUCACUUGGACAAAAGAUGGUCGAACACUAGACGCCAAAGAGGUGGGAAUUCGGAACAGCACCACAGACACUAUCCUGUUCAUUCGGAAGGCUGAGCAUCACCACUCAGGGACAUAUGAAGUGGAAGUUCAGAUAGAAAACAUGAAUGAUAAGGUUGCUAUUACCAUGCAGAUAAUGGACAAACCUGGUCCACCUCAGAACGUGAAAAUCAUAGAUGUGUGGGGAUUCAAUGUUGCUCUGGAGUGGAAACCACCCCAAGAUGAUGGCAAUGCACAGAUCUCAGGGUACACAAUCCAGAAGGCUGACAAAAAGACAAUGGAAUGGUACACUGUUUUUGACCACUAUCGACGCACAAACUGUGUCGUGUCAGACCUGAUCAUGGGGAAUGAGUAUUAUUUCCGUGUCUUCAGUGAAAAUUUGUGUGGCCUGAGUGAAACUGCUGCAACAACUAAAACUCCUGCCUACAUACAAAAGACAGGCACCAUUUAUAAACCACCCAGUUACAAAGAGCAUGACUUCUCUGAAGCCCCCAAAUUCACUCACCCCUUAGUAAACCGUUCUGUGAUCUCUGGAUACAAUGUUACGCUCAGCUGUGCUGUAAGAGGAAGCCCCAAGCCAAAGAUAUUCUGGUACAAGAACAAAGUGGAUCUCUCUGGAGAUGCCAAGUAUCGUAUGUUCAGCAAGCAAGGGGUAUUGACCCUGGAGAUACGAAAGCCUACUCCCUUUGAUGGAGGCUUUUACACCUGUAAAGCUGUGAAUGAAUGUGGUGAAGCUGAAAUAGAGUGCAGAUUGGAUGUCAGAGGUGGUGUUGGGGUUGGAAUUUGAAGAGAAGGAAAGGACAAAAGAAGAAAAUGAAUAAUGGGUAGACCCAUGUACACCUAAAGCUCUGAGCAUCUUUAAGUGUCAUUUAAUGGGGGAGAAAGAUGUUCUGUUUAGCUACACAAUUUCACGUUUCCCGUCUCAGAAUUGUUGAAGUGUUAUUGUCCCUAAUAACCAUGCAGGGGAAAUAGAAAUAUUUUCUCCAUUAACACUAGAGAUUCUCCUUUAGGACAGAAACAUUAAAGCUAAAUGCAAAACUGAUCCACCACCCCUCAAAUGAACACAAACACUAACAUCAACCCUCCAAUGCUAAAAUAAAUCCUCUCCUUUUCCUCUUUUGUCACUUUCAGAAUU